CGUAAACCUGUGUAAGCCUGAAUAAGCUCUGGUGCUGACAGCUGGAAGGGUGCCCCUCAGUGUACCCACCUCCCACAUCGAGUGGCCAGAGCCGAACCCUCCUUUCAGUCCUGGACCAGCACCCACUUCUUUAAGGAAAGCUGACUCCACCCAAGGUCUUCAAUCCUACUAGAAUCAUCUUUCCCCAGCCUGGAAGCCCAUGCCCUCAUUGGUCCCAUCUGGUCUGAGCAACUUAGAAGCGGAAAGAGCUGGGGCUCAUCUGUUUCCACAAACUGAGAAAGACACAUCCUACCCAUAGCCAGGUGCGCCUGUGCGGACACUGGCCAGCUUUCCGCACGGUUUUCCUUUUCCUAGACUGUCUGAAUCAUUUGCUUCCCAGCCCAGUGCUUGUCUUCUGAUUGGACAGGUCCUGUUUGGCCUAUCAAGUGUGACUUAGGCAAGUCCCUGAGGUCAGUGAACACCUUCGGUGGCCCCUGGUUGACUUCUUUUAGACCAUGGAACACCAUCAGCCUGAAUAUCCAGUCCCUGGGAAGGCUAAGAAUGCAGAAGAAGUCACCCCUGAAAACCAGGAGGUCCUGUCAGGACCAGAAGAGGACCAUCAGGACGGGGAUGCUAGAGAUGCUGAUGAGGUGCCUGUAGGACAGGAGCCAGGACACCAAGCCUUGCCGUCUGCCCGAGGUGGGGAUAGCCUCGAAUCCCCUCCACCUGAAGCUAGCUCAAGUCUACUGGGGCCAGCCCACGGGAUAUCACCCGAGGUAGAGACGGUGGGGGCAUGCUCUAGGCCUCAGGAGCUCCCCCAGUCUCCCAGGACCCGACAGCCUGAGCCAGAUUUCUACUGUGUAAAGUGGAUUCCCUGGAAGGGAGAGCGGACACCCAUCAUCACCCAGAGCACAAAUGGUCCAUGCCCCCUCCUUGCCAUCAUGAACAUCCUCUUUCUUCAGUGGAAGGUGAAGCUGCCCCCCCAGAAGGAAGUGAUCACGUCGGAUGAGCUCAUGACCCACCUUGGAAACUGCCUCCUGUCCAUCAAGCCCCAGGAGAAGUCCGAAGGACUUCAGCUUAAUUUUCAGCAGAAUGUGAACGAUGCGAUGACAGUGCUGCCUAAACUGGCCACGGGCCUGGACGUCAACGUGAGGUUCACGGGUGUCUCCGACUUCGAGUACACGCCGGAGUGCAGUGUCUUUGACCUCCUAGGCAUACCUCUAUACCAUGGCUGGCUGGUUGACCCACAGAGUCCUGAGGCGGUGAGUGCGGUGGGGAAGCUGAGCUACAACCAGCUGGUGGAGAAGAUCAUCACCUGCAAACACUCCAGCGACACCAACCUCGUGACGGAAGGCCUGAUUGCAGAGCAGUUCCUGGAGACCACGGCGGCGCAGCUGACCUACCAUGGACUGUGCGCUAACGGCAGGCGCCAGAGAGGGGGCGAGCUAACGGCAGCCGCCAGAGAGGGGGAGCUUAGCGUCUUUUUCCGAAACAACCACUUUAGCACUCUGACUAAACACAAGAGUCACUUGUACCUCCUGGUCACCGACCAGGGCUUUCUGCAGGAGGAGCAGGUGGUGUGGGAGAGCCUGCACAACGUGGAUGGAGACAGCUGCUUCUGCGACUCCGACUUUCAUCUAAGCCAUUCCCUGGGCAAGGGGCCUGGAGUGGAAAGUGGGAGUAGCUCCCCAGAAAAGCAGCUGCAGGUGGACCAGGACUAUCUGAUUGCCCUGUCCCUGCAGCAGCAGCAGCCACAGGGCUCGCUGGCCCUGAGCGACUUGGAGCUGGCCCAGCAGCUUCCGCAGGGGGAUCUUCAGGCAGCCCCGCCCAGGCAAACUCGGGCCCUCUCUCCACAGGGAAGAGGAGCCGCACCCGGCCGGCCAGGUGGGGAGCGUCGACGGCCGAAGCACGAGUCAGACUGUGUCCUGCUGUAGCCCGGUGGCUGCCCCUGCCUUCAGAGGCCAUGUUUGCUCACUCCCCGACCUCAGCUCCUGGGCUGUGCGGUAACUUAUUUAUGGACUGCGGGGACCAGAGCAGGCAGUAAGUGCCAGGCCAGACUCACUGAGUCCUUGCCCUCAUGUGCUGCGGCCUUCUCUUCCUCCCAUCCAGGGCAACAUUAGGGCUCAGGGUGGUGAAGAUUUACGGUUCCCAACUCCCUUUCCCAGAAGAGUCCAACUAAUACACCGACUCAGCUCAGGGCGAGAUCCCUAUCUGGAAUGUGUUCCUCCGACUUCCUAUGCCUGACUGCCUGGGGCCAGCAGGCCUGUUUGUUUCAGGGUUUGAUUCGGAUUUCUAUCUCCAUUAUUUGUAAUGCCUUCCUGGGGUUUCGAAAUAAAACUCUUUGCUGAGA